UCCCGUUGAAUCUCUUGCUUCUUGUUUCCCGGAUCCCGACGGAAGAACAAGUUGUUUCCGAUCAGUAGCGGCUUUGGCGCACCGAGUCCCGGCAUCUGGCAUCGUGGUGGUGCCUUUUCCUUCCCGCCGAGCUCUGAGGAUGAGCCGCUGAGGUGGAUGGGUAAGGAGUAGCCUGGUGGGCGGCCGAGCUAUCACCCUGUGGCGCGGAGCGGCUUCGCUGCAGCUCCUGCUCCGGGUUGUGUUGGGAGCAAACAGCGCAGAAGGACAUAAAAAAACCCAGAGAUGGUUCACUUUCCACGGGGACCUUCGGUGACUUUCCUGCUGCUGGCGCUUCUCUAAAAUCUGAUUUAAAACUGAACAGAGUGGGAGAAGGUUAGAUUAAAGUGGAGAUUAACCAUGCCGGACCAAAUCACAGUUUCAGAGUUUGUCGCAGAGACAAAUGAAGAUUAUAAAUCUCCAACUGCCUCUAAUUUCACCACCAGGAUGUCCCACUGCAGGAACACAGUGGCUGCUCUGGAGGAGGCUCUGGAUGGGGAUCGCAGUGUUCUCUACAAGAUGAAGAAGUCGGUCAAGGCCAUCUACACAUCUGGUCUGGCCCACGUUGAGAACGAGGAGCAGUACACCCAGGCUCUGGAGAAGUUCGGGGAAAACUGUGUGUACAGGGACGAUCCGGAUCUGGGUUCAGCCUUCCUCAAGUUCUCAGUCUUCACCAAGGAGCUCACUGCACUUUUCAAAAACCUUUUCCAGAACAUGAACAACAUCAUCACCUUCCCCCUGGACAGCCUGCUGAAAGGAGACCUGAAGGGAGUCAAAGGGGAUCUGAAAAAGCCUUUUGACAAAGCCUGGAAGGACUACGAGACCAAAGUGACCAAGAUCGAGAAGGAAAAGAAGGAGCACGCUCGGCAGCAUGGGAUGAUCCGGACGGAAAUCAGCGGGGCAGAAAUAGCUGAAGAGAUGGAGAAGGAGAGAAGGUUCUUCCAGCUGCAGAUGUGUGAGUAUCUCCUCAAAGUCAAUGAGAUCAAAAUCAAGAAGGGUGUGGACCUGCUGCAGAACCUCAUCAAGUACUUCCAUGCACAGUGCAAUUUCUUUCAGGAUGGCCUGAAAGCCGUGGAAAACCUGAAACCCUCCAUUGAGAAACUGGCUACAGAUCUGCACACGAUCAAGCAGGUGCAGGAUGAUGAGAGGAAACAGUUAACUCAGCUUAGAGAUGUCCUAAAAACAGCCCUACAGGUGGAGCAGAAGGAGACGAGGAGAGAUUCCCAGGUGCGACAGAGCACAACGUACAGCCUGCAUCAGCCGCAGGGCAACAAGGAGCACGGCACUGAACGCAGUGGGUUCCUGUUCAAGAAAAGUGAUGGGUUGAGAAAAGUCUGGCAGAAGAGAAAAUGCACAGCAAAAGGCGGAUACCUCACCAUCUCACAUGGCACUGCUAACAGACCGCCAGCUAAACUCAACCUGCUGACCUGCCAGGUGAAACACAACCCUGAGGAGAAGAGGAGCUUCGACCUCAUAUCACAUGACCGAACAUAUCAUUUUCAAGCGGAGGAUGACCAGGACUGUCAGAUCUGGAUCUCCGUUCUGCAGAACAGUAAGGAGGAGGCGCUGAAUCAGGCAUUUAAGGGGGACCACCAUGUUGGCGAGAACAACAUUGUGCAGGAGCUGACGAAGGCGAUUCUGGGAGAAGUCAAGAGGAUGACGGGGAAUGACGUGUGCUGCGACUGCGGGGCCCCCAAUCCAACGUGGUUGUCCACCAACCUGGGCAUCCUCACCUGUAUUGAAUGUUCAGGAAUCCACAGGGAGCUCGGAGUCCACUACUCUCGGAUCCAGUCUCUCACUUUGGAUGUACUCAGCACCUCAGAGCUCUUGCUGGCCAAGAACGUGGGGAAUGCAGGCUUUAAUGAAAUAAUGGAAGCAUGUUUAAAUGCUGAAAAGGUGGUGAAACCGAACCCAGCGAGCGACAUGCAGACGAGGAAAGACUUCAUCAUGUCCAAAUACAUCGAGAAACAAUUCGCCAAGAAGAAGUGUCCUGACGCGACGUCGCGGCUGCACACGUUGUGCGAGGCGGUGAAGGCUCGGGACAUCUUCUCCCUCAUCCAGGUCUACGCCGAGGGGGUGGACCUCAUGGAGCCCAUACCGCUCGCCAACGGACAUGAACAAGGAGAGACAGCUCUUCAUCUGGCUGUUAGGCUGGUAGACAGAACAUCUCUUCAUAUCGUGGACUUUCUUACUCAGAACAGUUUGAAUUUGGAUAAGCAGACGGCCAAAGGCAGCACAGCUCUGCACUACUGCUGCCUGACCGACAACAGUGAAUGUCUGAAGCUGCUGCUGCGUGGAAAGGCCUCCAUAGAUAUAGCGAAUGAAGCCGGGGAGACGCCGCUGGAUAUCGCUCGGAGGCUCAAACACGCUCAGUGUGAGGAGCUGCUUAGCCAAGCUCUGGCAGGAAAAUUUAACGCCCACGUUCAUGUCGAGUAUGAGUGGCGUCUGAAGCACGAGGACCUAGAUGAGAGCGAUGAGGAUCUGGAUGAGAAGCCGAGUCCUCAUCGGAGAGACGACCGUCCGGUCAGCUGUUACACCCCCAGCAGUAACUCCCACCUACAGUCCAGUCUGGGACCCACAGGCCGGGACGGCGUGGGUCUCGGUAAGGACAAGCACCGCCUCUUCAUGCCCAGCCUGGUUAACAACGAGACUUAUGGCACCAUCCUUAAUGCCGGCUCCCCUCAGCCAGGCUCCACCUCAGCUCCACCCCUGCCCCCAAGGAACAUGGCCCAGUUCUCCUCUCUGGGAGGAAUCGGUCAGUCCUCUACCUCCAGCUCCUGGAAACCAGGUUCUUUAGACCUGGUCAGCCGACAACGAUCGUCCUCAGACCCUCCCAACAUCCACCCCCCUGUCCCCCCAAUGAGGCUCACUUCCACUGGAGGUCUUGGUCUCGCCCCUGUAGCCAAGAUGGAAGCCAUGAGCAUUCAGCCCAAGUCCGGUCAGGGUCCGCUGGGGACCAGGUCGGUGCCACCAAAAUCUCCUGCUGGCAGUGAUAAAAGCUUCAGCCGAGGAUUCCUUAAUCGAAGUGAAUCUAUAGAAAGAGCAGCUAAGGAAGUGCCAGGAUGCCCCCAGAACUCAGUGUCUCCUGCCCUCAUGUCAAGGAAGGCAUACCCAAAGCAGAGACCAAAGCGGGUGAAAGCUGUCUACCACUGCAUCGCUGACAACCCCGACGAGCUGACGUUUUCUGAGGGCGAGGUGAUCGUAGUGGAUGGGGAGGAGGACCAGGAGUGGUGGCUGGGCCACAUCGAAGGAGAUCCAAUGAGAAGAGGUGCCUUCCCCGUCACGUUCGUCCACUUCAUCGCCGACUGACGGAUCACUCGGGUUCUCUGGAAGCAUCAAAAAGUCACCGCAGCAGUGCUGCCUUCCACUGAGGACCUGUAGGGUUCCGCUCCUAAAACAGAAUCUAAGGAAAACAAUGAAUUUACUGAAUGGUCUUUGGCAAUAAUUGGACUUUCUUGUCGUAAACCAUGUUGGAACAUAAUGAAGGUCAUGUGAACAGUGUUUAUUUCAUCUCUAGAGCAGCAGUGUACAGACUAAUUUAAUUCUGACAACAGUGAACUUUAACAAACUACCAACUCUAAAUGUGAACUUAGACAACGCAGUUUUGUAGAUACAUUCUUUGUAGAUCUUUAGUGGCCCUCCUGUGUGGAGGAUUUCCUAAUGGUGCUAAAUUAACCCCAGAGUGUCUCCAAGCUGCAGCCCACAUGGCUCCUCCUUGUUGCUGCGUGUUGCUGAAGCCUCCAUCUCAUUUCAGCUGGAGGAAAAACUCUUUCUCUGACAUUUGUGAUGAAUUUAUGCUGAUGCAUCUUCUCUAGAUGGUUUUACAAACACCGGUUUUUGUUUAGUUUAGUGAGUCUAUAACAAGCAUGGGCUGGAAUGAGAUUCAGGGUCAAACUAAAUGUAUCAGAAUGAUCAGUUUGCUUUUAUUCAAAACAGAAAAGUAAUAAUUCCUCCUCAUGCAAAAUUGUUUUGACAAAGUAUUACAGUUAAAAUAAUGUUUUCUGUUCAAUAUGUACGUUGUUUCUUAAGAUUUCAUAAAUCUGUGUUUUAAAGGUUUCAGAAUAAUCCAGUUCAGGUUGAAUAAGGCUCAAGUGUAGAGAUGAUCAGUUGAGGUCAGGAUUUUUUAAAAGCAUAGAACCUUUCAUUUAUCACAAACCAACACCAUCAGCACCACCCUCAUUAGCUAGCCACAGUGGGUGGACUGUAUUUACACUGUGCUAAAUUCAAGGAAGGUCAGCAAAACUCUUUCUGGCUUCAGUUGACAGAACAUUUUUAGUCUGUGUGCUCAUGUCGCCCACUGGUGGAAUUGCACCCUCAGACAAGAGCUACAUCACCAACGGCUCGUAAAUUUGUCUGGCUAUGAGCUCAGGUUGACACUACAUGUAGCUUUCCAUCUAUAGUUUUAAGAAGAGAUAGAAAACGUCAAGUAGCCUUCAUUGAGCCAGCUGACCACCAGUGUGCAGCAACAGGUGGAGUAGGGACAGCCCUGCCUUACUUUACGCUCCAUACAGGCGGAGAAAACCUCUUUCUCUAGUGUUUUCUCUUGCUUUUCUUUGAAAGAACUUUAAACCAUAGGAGAACAUUUGAGCUGUUUUGGAACAUUGAUACAAGUAACUGGCCCACACCUGGUUUCCACAGGUAACUGGCCCACACCUGGUUUCCACAGGUAACUGGCCCACACCUGGUUUCCACAGGUAACUGGCCCACACCUGGUUCCCACAGGUAACUGGCCCACACCUGGUUUCCACAGGUAACUGGCUCACACCUGGUUUCCACAGGUAACUGGCCCACACCUGGUUUCCACAGGUAACUGGCCCACACCUGGUUUCCACAGGUAACUGGCUCACACCUGGUUCCCACAGGUAACUGGCCCACACCUGGUUUCCACAAGUAACUGGCCCACACCUGGUUCCCACAGGUAACUGGCUCACACCUGGUUUCCACAGGUAACUGGCCCACACCUGGUUUCCACAGGUAACUGGCUCACACCUGGUUCCCACAGGUAACUGGCCCACACCUGGUUUCCACAAGUAACUGGCCCACACCUGGUUCCCACAGGUAACUGGCUCACACCUGGUUUCCACAGGUAACUGGCCCACACCUGGUUUCCACAGGUAACUGGCCCACACCUGGUUUCCACAGGUAACUGGCCCACACCUGGUUUCCACAGGUAACUGGCCCACACCUGGUUUCCACAGGUAACUGGCCCACACCUGGUUUCCACAGGUAACUGGCUCACACCUGGUUUCCACAGGUAACUGGCUCACACCUGGUUUCCACAGGUAACUGGCCCACACCUGGUUUCCACAGGUAACUGGCCCACACCUGGUUUCCACAGGUAACUGGCUCACACCUGGUUCCCACAGGUAACUGGCUCACACCUGGUUUCCACAGGUAACUGGCCCACACCUGGUUUCCACAAGUAACUGGCCCACACCUGGUUCCCACAGGUAACUGGCUCACACCUGGUUUCCACAGGUAACUGGCCCACACCUGGUUUCCACAGGUAACUGGCCCACACCUGGUUUCCACAGGUAACUGGCCCACACCUGGUUUCCACAGGUAACUGGCCCACACCUGGUUUCCACAGGUAACUGGCCCACACCUGGUUUCCACAGGUAACUGGCUCACACCUGGUUUCCACAGGUAACUGGCUCACACCUGGUUUCCACAGGUAACUGGCCCACACCUGGUUUCCACAGGUAACUGGCUCACACCUGGUUCCCACAGGUAACUGGCUCACACCUGGUUUCCACAGGUAACUGGCCCACACCUGGUUUCCACAAGUAACUGGCCCACACCUGAUCUCUGCUUCACUCUGUUGUUUUUUUGUUGUUGUUUGUUUUUUAAGUCAGAGGCUAACUGUUAGUCAUGCUGCUUGUUAUGUUCAUAAUAAAUGAUGAAGGUCUUUGGUUCUCAUCCGUCUUAUGAAAGGAAUGAGAUGUUUGUGUAGGAGCUGAUCAUCUGCACAGAAUAAGCUGCAAGUUAAAAGAAGAGAUUUAAAACAUAUGUGGGAAUGUGAAGUAAAGUGGGAGUUACUGUUGCCUUUAAGAAGAUGGUAACAGGCUGCUAACUUUAUAUCAAGCCUAAAACCCUCUACACAACCAGCAGGUCAGACAGGAAGGUCCUCAAGGUUUGGGCUCCUGAGAUGUAGAAAGAUGCUUUUAAAAUACAGUGUAAUUAACUUCAUUGUAGUUGCAGAGCAACAUUGUGUUCAUAUUGUUGAUAUUUAAUCGUUUAACCUAAGAUCCGGAGCCUUCCAUGGAUUUGUGAAUGACGAGAAGAGAAGCUGCCUCUUCAGCCAAUGUAAUAACUCACUGGAAACGGGAUGUAGUCACCUAUUUAUGCAAAUAGAUUUGGGUUUGAGUAUUUAAAAGGUUAGAGCUGUAAAUGUGUUCAAGUGAACUGCGGUGAUGAGCAGUUGGAAAUGCUGACGCUUAUGAGCUAAGUAUCAAUAACCUGACUCUCACAAGGGAAUGGGAAAUUACAACUGGAAAAAUAAAUUAUGAAACACCA